AUGCUGAGGCCACAGGUCCACAGCACCCCUAACGUCGGGUCCUCCCACAGCCAGCUCUUCGGAUAUCGCGCGGUCCUUGUUCCGGGGUACGGGAAGGCUAAUGUCCUCGCAGGGAGGGUGCUAGGGAGGCCGUGGCGCGGCCGGAAGAAAGCGGGCAGGAUCAGCUGCUCCGCCGAGGACGUCUUAACAGAGACCACAAAACCGGACCACGGCCCCGUCAAGGUCAAGUGCGUCCUCACCGUCAAGCCGACAGUCGGCGGUGUGUUAAGCAACUUCGGCAUCUCCCGCGGCCUCGAUGAAAUCACGGACUUGCUGGGAAGGUCUAUCUUCCUCGACCUGGUCAGCACCGAUCUCGAUCCUGGUAACUCCUCUCUCUCUCUCUCUCUCUCUCUCUCUCUCUCUCUCUCUCUCUCUCUCUCGCUAUCUAUCUAUAUAUAUAUAUAUAUAUAACUAUCUAUCUAUCUAUCUAUCUAUCUAUCUAUCUAUCUGUCUGUCUACCUAUCGAUCUACAGAUCGUGCAACUGCAGAUUUUGACUUGCUGGCAAUCCGUCCUUUGAGAAUACCUCCGAUAUUACUACAGAGUAUUAAAUGGUGAUCAUCCUCACGUAAUCAAAUAUCCAUAGUUUUCUUACGGAUUAUUCUUCCCGAUUUUUGAAGAGACCGGAUUGGAGAAGAGCACCGUCCAGGCCUUCGUGCACAAAUCGAGCCUCGAGGACGGCAAACAGAGGUACGAGGGCGAGUUCUUGGUGCCCAAGGGGUUUGGCGAGAUCGGGGCCGUCCUUGUGACGAAUGAGCACCACCAGGAGAUGUUCUUCGAUGAGAUCGUCCUCUCCGGCUACGGCGAUUCCAAGGUCGUCGUGUCCUGCAAUUCCUGGGUUCACACCAAGUUUGAAAAUCCAGAGAAGCGUAUUUUCUUCGUAGACAAGGUGGGUCCGGCAUGUAAGAAUCAAGUUUUUUUAAUUAAACGUCUAAAAAACAUUGACUGAAAUACUCUAUGAACAUUUAUUACAUUUGGUCUUUAUGAUUUAUAGAACAUUGGCCAUAGCGGAUUCAUUUCUCCUCAUUUGAUAGCGUUCAUAACAACAAAGAGUCGCCGUACAUGGUCCGAAAAGUAGUAGAAAAGCUAAAGAAAAUUAGAUGAACCGAAGCUACUAAACAAAAUUCAGUGCGGCCUAUGCUUUAUGGUCUGACUACUGCCAUCUGAAUGAAGAUUGUCCAUCAAUGUCGUCCAGAGACUAAUUUUGAGAACAGCGGACUCUAAGCCAAACCAUGUAUAAUUCCCAUUUUCCAAUGCAAAAUUUGCCUUCUCUCCCUGUAAAAGCUUAUCGGGUUUUGACAAGACCAACGCACUCAUGGAAAGUAAAUGUAUCCACACAGCCAACCAUUUUGACAUAUGCAGGCCUACCUGCCUUCACAAACGCCAGGCGGGCUCCAUACGUUGCGGGAGAAGGAGCUCGACAUUCAGCGAGGUGAUGGGCGGGGUGAACGCAAGACCUUCGAGAGGAUCUAUGACUAUGAUACGUACAACGACUUGGGAGACCCGGAUAACAGCGACGACUUGGCUAGGCCAGUAUUGGGCGGUCAACGUCAUCCUUACCCAAGGCGAUGUAGAACGGGGCGACCAAGAACCAAGAAAGGUACUGAGAUUUCUCAUCAGUCAACGCCGUCGAUGUUGCGCUGUCGGCGCUGCCUCCGAGUUCGUUCUUUUGAGGGUAACCACCGGCUUACGGGAUUUUACAGACCCGCAAUCGGAAAAGAGGGCCAGCGAUAACUACGUUCCGAGGGACGAGUCCUUCUCGGAAGUGAAGGCGGUGACGUUCUCCGUGAAGACGGUGAGAUCGGUGCUGCACGCGCUCAUUCCCACCCUGGAGAACAUUAUCACCGACCCGAAGCUCGGCUUCCCCCACUUUACCGCCAUAGACAACCUCUUCGACGACGGCAUUGAGCUGCCGCCGGCGGAGAAGAAGGGGUUCCUCCAGACAGCCCUACCGAGUCUGGUGAAGGCGAUAAGCGAAGGAAAAGACGAUGUCCUGCUAUUCGACCCGCCGGCCAUGAUCGAGAGUCAGUCAUCUCCUUCCCCACCACUCCCGUUCCUCCCAUCUCAUUUUUAAAAAUUCACGCAUCACAGUUGAUCCACAAUCUUGGCAGAGGACAAGUUCUCCUGGUUUAGAGACGAGGAGUUCGCUCGGCAAACCCUCGCUGGUCUCAACCCCUUCAGCAUCGAGCUGGUCAAGGUGAGAAGAUGGGCUAGAUUUCUUUGAGGCAGACAAACAUAUCCCAUAGAAAUCACCGGUAGAAACGCUGAAAAUCCCUCACAGCCACGACCACCUUCCGGGUCUCGCAGGAAUUCCCCUUCGUCAGCAAGCUCGACCCACAGAUCUAUGGGCCUCCGGAGUCUGCAAUCACCAAGGAGAUCAUCGAAAGGGAGAUCAAAGGGAUCAUGACUGUAGAAGAGGUAAAACCAUAACCCCCUUCCCCCGGAUAUUUAGAAACGCCAACGGAGCAGCGUAAAGCCCAACUCCGCCCUUUGUACAGGCCAUCGAGAAGAAGAAGCUCUUCAUCAUAGACUACCACGAUCUGUUCCUACCCUACGUCCACAAGGUGAGGCAGCUUGAGGGAACCACGCUGUACGGAUCCCGCACCGUCUUCUUCCUCACCGAGGACGGGACGCUAUCGCCGAUCGCCAUCGAGCUCACCCGCCCGGCGUCCCCGACGGCGCCCCAGUGGAAGGAGGUGUUCACGUACACCUCGGACGCCACCGGCGCGUGGCUGUGGAGGCUCGCCAAGGCCCAUGUCUGCGCUCACGACGCCGGCUACCACCAGCUCGUCAUCCACUGGUAAAAGAUCAUCUUGCGCGUCGUUCGAAUCAGACAGAAUGGCCGAACCUCGGAGAUCGAAAGGUUUCUUCGCUGAUUAUCGAUUGAUGCUGUGAAGGUUGAGGACGCAUGCCUGCACCGAGCCUUACAUCAUCGCGACCAACAGGCAGCUCAGCGCUAUGCACCCGAUAAACAGGCUACUCCGCCCCCACUUCCGGUACACGAUGGAGAUCAACGCCCUCGCCCGGGAGGCCCUCAUCAACGCCGAAGGCACCAUCGAGACCUGCUUCUCCCCCGGCAAAUACUCCAUGGAGAUCAGCUCCGUGGCCUACGACAAGCUGUGGCGGUUCGACGAGCAGGCCCUCCCCGCAGACCUCAUCAAAAGGUACCCGUCACCACCGCCUCCUACUCCGACCCAGUAAAUCCGCCCGUCCUUGUGAUCUGAGAUUGACGAGCGGGGGGGGGGGUUGGUUCCUUGUUCUUGUAGAGGAAUGGCGGUGGAGGACCCGACGGCGUUUUUUGGCCUGAGAUUGACCAUCGAGGACUACCCGUUCGCCGCCGACGGCCUGCUCAUAUGGACGGCCAUCAAGCAGUGGGUCCAGGACUACGUGGGCCAUUACUAUGCAGGCCCCUCCGUCGUGACGUCCGACACGGAGCUCCAGAAGUGGUGGGAGGAGAUCCGCAACAAGGGCCAUGCUGACAAGAGGAAAGAGCCCUGGUGGCCGGCCCUGAACACGCCGGAGGACCUUGUCGGCAUCUUGACGACCAUGAUCUGGGUGGCCUCCGGGCACCACGCUGCCGUGAACUUUGGCCAGUAUCACUACGCUGGCUACUUCCCUAACCGACCCACAAUCGUCCGCAGCAGAAUGCCGGUGGAGGACGGGAACGAGCGCGACCUCAAGCGGUUCUGGGAGAAACCGGAGAGGACGCUGAUGGAGAACUUCCCCACGCAGAUCCAGGCCACGCGUGUCAUGGCGGUGCUGGACGUGCUCUCCGCGCACUCGAUCGACGAGGAGUACAUCGGCGACCUGCCGUCGGCGAUCUGGGACGACGACCUGACCAUAAAGGCAGCCUACGAGAGGUUCCGGGGGACGCUGACGGAGAUAGAAGGUAUCAUCGACGAGAGAAAUCAAGACCGCAACUUGAAGAACAGAUGCGGCGCAGGCGUCGUCCCGUAUGAGCUUCUGAAACCCUUCUCCAAACCCGGGGUCACCGGAAUGGGAGUUCCGAACAGCAUCUCCAUAUGA